UGAUGGUGGGGUGAGUCAAGUAUUGAGAGACAUCUUCUGAAAAAUAUAGCCAAGUUUACAUCUCUUUCCAGUCAGUGUUUAUAUUGUCAUUAUCAUUUCUUCUUCUUUACCACAUUUGACAUUUUUUUUUAUUCUUUUGCCAGAUUUUAAAUAAAUUUUUUUAGUUGAGUGAUAAUCCACGAAUUGUAAAAGAAAAUCACAACUACUACUUAACAAAACAACAAGGUUAUGUAGUGUUAUUUUCGUACUUAGAUUUGCUUUGUCAAUUUUGUUUCUCUUGAUUUGGUGUUUGUAUUCAUGGUCCUUAAAAUAUUUAUGUUUUUUCGUUUAAAAACAAUUUUGAUAUACAGAUUCUCAUAAAAUUUAUAUUUAAUGAUAUUAAAACAAGAUAGGAGAAAGACGUAUCAAACAUAACUGUCGAGAUGUUGGUAAGAGUGACAUUAUCGACGUUGUUUGUUUUGAUUUGGUGUUACCUCUCACUUGCAUACAUCACACGUCUGCAUUGUCGUCGCCAUGGAAAUUUCUCCAUCAUUAAGCCAGAUACAAAGUUUAGUGGUACUGUGGAGAAAUCUUUGGAAGGUCUGACAAGAUCUGAAUGUGUUUUAUCGUGUUUAACAUGCGAUAGUUGUUCGUUUGUGAAUUACCAUCCAACGUAUCUUGCGUGCGAGUUAAUGAAUGCUGGAGGAACUGAAACAUCAGAAGUUGGAUGGCAAUUUUUGUCAACAAAUUAUGGAACAAGAAAUAGAGGACCAAUUUGUCGAUCAUUUAGUCCAUGUGAACUUACAGAAGCUUGUGUUGAUACCUGCUUUGAAGACGAUCAAAUAGGAUACAAGUGCAUACCGAAUCAAUUUAAAAAGAAAAUAGCCACAUCUGUCACGGCAUCCCCUGUUUACAGUUCUUAUCCUGCAUCAAACCUGAAAGACGAAGAUGCUGGUACAUUUGCAGGCACACUAUCUUCUGUGGAGUCUCAUUUUAUCUUAGAUUUGGGCGCAACAAAGUCCAUUCGAUUUAUCACUGUUUAUUUAUACAGUGGAGAACCGAACAGCGAAAUCAGCAUUGGAAACCUAAAUGCAAGAAACGGAAAUACAUUCUGUUCGAGAGUACCAGAAGUAAAAAAUGUAGUGCUUGUUGUUGAAUGCGCUUCAUAUUUAUCUGGGCGAUAUAUUGUGUACUAUAAUAACUCGGGAUCUGCACAAUACUUGUACAUAUACGAAAUGCACGCUUAUAUUGACGCAUGAAAAUUCUCCUGAAAAUGGCAAUCAAAACACAGUUUCAAGAAGGAGCGCAUUUUCGUUGUUAUUAAACCUCACAACUUUGUUUAUUUCGGACGUAUAUAUAUAAUGUAGUUUGCUUUUUGCUAAUUAAUUAUUAAAUUUAUAUAUUUGACGGUUAUGUUAGUAUAAGAAUGUACGGCACGUGAAAAAUUAUGUAUUUGCUUUCAAACCUCACUUUCAAUACAUCUCCACUUUUCCCACAUAAGCCUUAAAAUUAACCCUACUUAUGCUGAAAUUCAUGCAGAGUGGGUGGCGAUUUUUCGGUUGUCUUUUUUCUUGAUCCAAGCUUUUUUUUAGAAAGACAAGGCUUUUCCACAGUAUUACGUUAAUGAAAUCUCAAAGCCGUUAGGCAACCCCUCUUUUGAGAAACUGCUAAGGAUAAAAAGGGGCAUGUGAAGUGAGACCGUAAAUCUGAUUCGCAUCAGAGUUUCAUUGACCAGAUCUCUUGUUACAUCUUAUACAGGAUAGUUAUUUAUUAUAUAAAUAUCCUGUUACUAUUUAACUAUAUAGCUAUAUUAUAUAUAGUAAGAAAAUGUUUAAAAUCAGGUAACCAUCUGGUAACAUAAAUAAUAUGUUAAUAGUCAGGCGCAGUAACGCAAAACAAUGUUUAGAUUGAAAGUUUAAACGCCUAGUUAACAUCCCAAUUGGUGUACUUUUUCUUUUUGCGUUUCAUUUUACAAGGUGUCAUAGUGCCCUUUUCAUAGGUCGGCAUAUAAAAUGCUUAAUAAGACAGAGAUUUUUUCAGUUAACUUGUAUUUUAUUAAGCGUUUUUGUCAAAGAUUUGGUUCUGAUUAAACCAAUGGAAUGUAGAGAGUGCGCAAUGUCUAAACCUAACGGUAAGAAUCUGUGAUAAAUCACUGCUGGUGGAGUCGAACGCACAACCUUUGAAUUAGAAGUUUGACGAUUUCUGGCCCAUGUAUUUUGUUAUGUAGUGUAGAUAAUGCUGCGUUUUCUAGGCUUUAAAUUUGGGGAAACUAUACUUUUGUUGUGCACACAUUCUAAUGUAAAAAUCCAAAAUUGUUUUGAAUUAGUAUAUGUAAUGCUAUGUUA